AUUGCACAGUCUCAUUAUUGUGCUGCAAUAGUGAAGAAAAUGGAAUGUCUCAAAAUUAUUCUGUUCCUUGGACUAGCUGCAACUGCAUCAGCCGCUGUUUGCACCAAUACCAUUGGUGUUGAUGGAGGUCGAGGUCAGUCAUGGGCAUGUCUGGAAAUAGGGAGUGGAUGCAUCACUUCUUACGUCCGCUAUCCAGGGAUUGCAACAAAUCCAACCAUCACGUUUUGCGAGGGGCACAAUAGUGAUGGCUCACAAUGCCACACUGCGACUUCAAGCAAUAUCUGCAGCGACAUACCUCUGUUGACGAUUAUAAAGAUUCCCACACCAGAUCUCAGAGGGACCCUGGAGUUCAGGGUCGGCUUUCGCAGUAGCCCACCAAAAGUUUGUUUUAGUGGACCUAAGGAUGAAUGUGGAUCGUCUUUUCAACCUACUAGUACACCUGAAGAAUGCUCCAUAUACACUGACUGUAAACUGACCACUUCACAGUUUACUAGAGCUGAGGAAGGCUCUACCGCUUUUCUAUGUUUCCCUCCAAAGAAAUACGACCUGACACUGGAGAGAUUUGCUCAGAACUAUCUCGACAGCCUCUCCACCUGCCUGCCGCAACACAACCCCAACAACAGUAACUAUGGAGAGAACGUAUACCGCCAAACAACGAGCAAAAACUUUGCCAGCGAUGUCAAUUUCGAGCACAUGGUGCAACUGUGGUACGAUGAGGUGUCCUAUUACAACUACUGGUUUAACAGUUGUCGCCUGCCAGAAGGUCUUUCUUGUGGCCAUUUCACUCAGGUUGUAUGGGCUAACACUGAAAGAGUUGGGUGUGGGGUGAAAAUAUGCGAAGACAGGAAUGUGACACGUACACUGGUGGUGUGUAAUUACGAUCCAGCAGGGAACAUCAAACCAGACCGCAAUUCCCCUACGUACAGACCGUAUACAUCAGGACUACCGUGCACUCGCUGUCCUUCUACUCACCCAUCGUGCCAGAACAACUUCUGUGUUCAGAGUUCCGGUGCACAGGAGGUGAAACAGCAGUUGGCUGAGGAUGUACUGAAGAUUCUUCUCGGCUUGCACGGUGACAAGCCACAAGCUGGAGUCGAGGAAUGGGAAAUGGGAUCCAAUGGUAGCUAACUAGGUCCAAGUUCACAGCAUUAAAUUACUGUGACCCCUCAGAAAAAAGGACCCAUGAAUAUAUUCUUUAAAGGACACUUAGUUUUCCGAUAAAUGCAAAUUCUGUGUCCAGCACUGUAUACAGUAUGUUAUAAUUGCCUCCAAAUAUGGGAUAUCUCUGAAUGUUAAGGACACUUUCCAUGUCCCUACGGUAGCUAAUCCUUUACUUGGAGGUUUCACUGUAUACAGAAGAAGAGGAGCCUGGAGAGUUAGCAGUGAGUGCUGUGAAUGAUGGUAGGGACCAAGAUAGUGGUGCUGGAGGAGGUGAUAUUGAGUUCAAGAUGACUCAUGAAGAGGUGAAGGAGGGAAAUGGAUGGAUCGACAAAGUCAUCUAGCCGUCUUCUAUUUCUGAGUAUAAUAUAUAUACAACUGAGAUGACAGUGAUUUGUAGAGAGCAAGAGAC